AUGGGAGACAGCGAUGUGGCCAUCACCAACGGCCAUAGUGAAGGACUACGGUUGGACAAUGAUGACACAGCGUCGGAAAGCGCAUAUCAUGAAGAGAGCGAGCCGAGUGUCAUAGAGGACACGAUUGCCCGGCUGCGUGUGCGGCGUGGCCUGCUCCCCACGGGCUGCUGCUACGAUGAUCGAAUGAAGCUUCAUAUGAAUGCAGACUUUAGUCCGAAUACGCAUCACCCGGAAGACCCCCGCCGCAUCCAUGAGAUAUUCAAGGCUUUCAAGAAAAUGGGACUCGUCUACACGGGACCAGAGUCAGAGCUGCCCAGGAUCAUGAAAGACUGUCCGACAAAAUACAUGUGGAGGAUCCCCGCCCGACCAGCUACACGAGAAGAGAUCUGCCUCGCACAUUCUCCAGAGCACCUGGCUUGGGUGGAGGGCCUCGACACGAUCAGUACGGCUGAGCUUCGUGAAUUGACCAGGCGAUUCGACCAAGGCCGCGAGUCUCUGUAUGUAGGCAGCAUGUCCUACCCUGCUGCCCUACUGUCCGUGGGUGGUGCUAUCGAAACCUGUAAAUGCGUUGUUACAGAACAAGUCAAGAAUGCUUUUGCUGUUAUCCGACCCCCUGGGCACCAUGCUGAGUUUGAUCAGCCCAUGGGUUUCUGUUUCUUCAACAACGUCCCGGUGGCUAUUAGGGUAUGCCAGCAAGAUUAUCCCGAACAGUGUCGCAAAGUUCUCAUUCUGGAUUGGGACGUUCAUCACGGAAACGGUACUCAAAAUAUCUUUUACCAAGAUCCCAAUGUUCUCUAUAUAUCAAUCCAUGUCUAUCAGAAUGGCAUGUUUUACCCAGGCAAACCACCAAACCCCAUGACACCUGACGGCGGUAUUGAGCACUGCGGCACCGGUCCAGGAUUGGGCAAGAACAUCAACAUCGGGUGGCAUGACCAAGGCAUGGGAGAUGGUGAAUACAUGGCCGCAUUCCAAAAGAUUGUAAUGCCCAUUGCAAAGGAGUUUAACCCAGACUUGGUAGUCAUCUCAGCUGGAUUCGAUGCUGCCGAUGGAGAUGAACUGGGCGGCUGCUUUGUGACGCCUGCUUGCUAUGCCCACAUGACACAUAUGCUCAUGUCACUUGCAGAUGGCAAGGUCGUUGUCUGCUUAGAAGGUGGCUAUAACCUACAGGCAAUUUCAAGUUCUGCGGUAGCCGUUGCGAGGACCUUGAUGGGAGAGCCUCCGCCAAAACUGGCUCUCCCCAAGAUCAACAAGGAGGCUGCUAGAACGUUGGCCAAGGUGCAAGCAUACCACGCUCCGUACUGGGAAUGCAUGCGUUCUGGAAUCGUUGAUGUUCCUGAUGUUCAGUCGCUCAAUGCUAACAGGCUUCACGACGUCAUCAGGAAUGCGCAGCGCCAGGUGAUGCAGUCCAAGCAUGGCAUGAUACCACUCUAUAUACAACGAGAGUUGAUCUCGAAAUCGUUUGAGAACCAAGUUUUGGUAACGCCAAAUCUACACAACGCUCAAAAGAUUAUCGUCAUUAUACAUGAUCCGCCUCAAUUAUUAGCACAGCUAGAUGUGAUAGACACCACAGUGGAUGCUCAUAAUUCAUGGGUGGUUGACGGGGUUAUGGAAUAUAUCGACUGGGCCGUUUCUCAGAAUUUCGGAGUCAUGGAUAUCAACGUCCCAGCAUAUGUUACACAUGAAGAGGACAUUGAUUCGUACAUUCCUGAAUUCAACGAGAAAGAGAUCCAGGAACAAAUCUUGUCACUGGUUUGCUAUUUGUGGGAUAACUUUCUCCAGCUCUAUGAGACUGACGAAAUCAUCCUGCUUGGCGUCGGCAAUGCCUAUCUUGGAGUCAAGGUUCUUUUGAUAAACAGAGACUGCAGAGAAAAGAUUGCGGGCAUUGUCAACUUUGUGACUGGAAAUCUACGGCCCGUCAAAUCGGACACGGAUAACGAGCUCUCAUCCUGGUACAAGGAGAAUUCACGGGUCUAUGUGGCGGGCGACCAUGCCUGCUGGUCCGAUCCGGAUUUGACCAGAAAAGUCCACAGGAGGCGAUUCGGAACCGUGGUGCGCAGCAAGAUGUUUGGACUGAACCACAUGAUGAGAGAGCAUGCUGAAGAGGCCCAUGAGUGGAUCAUGAAGAGAGUCACGAAUGGUCCCGAAGGAGACACUACGGAAGAGGAAAAAUCUUGA